UUUUCCCCCCCCCCAGGCUCCAUCGACUCCACGGUGCGGUGCUGGGACUGCCGCUCCCGCCGCCCCGACCCCGUGCAGGUCCUGGACGAGGCCAAGGACGGCAUCUCCAGCGUGAAACUCUCGGCCUACGAGAUCCUCUCGGGCUCUGUGGACGGACGCGUCCGGCGCUACGACCUUCGGGCGGGGCAGCUCUACUCUGACUACAUUGGCAGCCCCAUCACCAGCGUGUGCUUCACCAAGGACGGGCAGUGCGCGCUGGUCGCCAGCCUGGACUCCACCCUCAGGCUGCUGGACAAGGACACCGGGGAGCUGCUGGGCGAGUACAGGGGGCACCGCAGCACCACGUACAGGCUGGACUGCGUCCUGAGCGAGCAGGACACGCACGUGGGCUGCGCCUCCGAGGACGGCCACGUCUACUUCUGGGACCUGGUGGAGGGCUCGUUGGCGCUCAGCCUGCCCGUGGGCACGGGGGUGGUGCAGUCCUUGGCCUUCCACCCGCGCCUGCCCUGCGUGCUGGCGGCCACCCAGGGCCAGGUGACGCUGUGGAGGGAGGAGAACUUCCAGCCAGAGGGGGACCCCGACACCUGACAGGGCUGGGGGGGUCGGUUCGAGGGGCUGGGGGCCCCCCCGGGUUCGCCUGGAAUGAGGAAUAAACCCCCCCUUGGUGGAGA